AUGUGCAGGCAUGGCCCCUCGAUCGACCCUGCAGAGCAUACUCCGUUACUCCUCCAUGGCAAUCCAACCCGCGGCGAGUCAAGCGACAUGGCAGCACCACCGCAGGCAGAAGGAGGCAUUUCCUCUGAAAAUGCAGCCAGCAUUCGUCACAUCUUACGCAAAGUUGAUAGGCGGCUGAUUCCGAUCUUGUUCUUCACGUAUAUGCUUAAUUUCAUGGACAAGAUCAUUCUGUCGAGUGCAUCCGUGUUUGGGCUGAUAGACGAUACGCAUCUAGUCGGCCAGCAAUACAGCUGGGUGUCGAGUAUCUUUUAUUUUGGCUAUUUCUUCUGGGAGUACCCCACCAACAUCCUCAUCGCACGGCUCCCAGUCGCCAAAUACCUGGCCAUCACCACCUUCUUCUGGGGCGCCUUUGUCGCGCUGACUGCAGCAUGCGUCAACUACGGCGGACUCCUGACAGUGCGCUUCCUACUGGGUGUCGCCGAAGCAACCAUCACCCCGGCCUUCAUGUUCAUCACCUCGACCUGGUACACGCGGGACGAGAUCCCCAUUCGGACUGGCAUCUGGUUCUCCGGCAACUCCAUCGGCGGCCUUGUAGCAAGCCUGCUAGCCUACGGAGUCGGGCAUAUCGAACACCCUCUCCGGCCCUGGAUGUGGAUGUUCAUCAUCCUCGGCGUCGCGACUUUUCUAUGGGGCUUUGUGCUUCUAUUCUUCUUACCAGAUAGCAUCUCAAAUGCGCAAUUCUUGACUCUCGAAGAGCGGGAAAUCAUGACCAAACGCGCUAUUGUCGAGGGCACCGGACGCACCGAACAGGCCUUGUGGAGAUGGGACCAAACCAUCGAAUGCCUCCUAGACCCAAAAACAUGGCACAUCUUCAGCCUGGCGAUAUUGACGCAAAUCCCGAAUGGAGGAACGCAGAACUUUGCGAAUUUGGUCAUUGAGUCGUUCGGGUUCACGUCUCUGGAAUCAACGCUGAUCAAUAUCCCUGCGAGCGUGGUCAGUGCAAUCUCAAUUGCGCUGACGGGGUACCUGGCAGGGCGUUUUCGGCAGGCCAACUGCAUUUUGAUAGUGGCUAUAGUUAUACUGGCGAUCAUUGGCAGUGCGAUAAUCUACGCACGAAGCCAUGUGCCCAAGGGGGCUCCUUUAUUCGGAUAUUUCCUUCUUGAAACUGGUCCGGCUGUUCUGCCUCUUGUCAUGUCUCUCGUGCAGGCGAACUAUAAGGGCGUAACGAAGAAAAUGACUAUGACGGCAAUGAUGUUUAUAGCGUAUUGCGCGGGUAAUAUUGCCGGCCCCCAGUUCUUUAGAACCAGCGAGGCACCGGUUUACCAGACGGCCUUCAAGGCGAUACUGGUUUGCUAUAUUCUGUCGGCAAUGCUGGCGGUUUCGUUGAGAUUCUAUAUUCAGUUUGUGAACCGCAAGCGAGACCGGGAGGAAGGGUUCGUGCCUGGUAGCGCAUCUACAACUGCCGCCAAGGAUGCGAUUGUUGUAGAGGCUACGCCGCUCCAGGCGGAGGAUUAUGAUGAUGUGACGGACUGGAAGACGGUUGGGUUUAGGUAUCGUUUAUAG